AUGUCUAUUAGAUUAUAUUCUAAACAAUCUUUAAACAUAUUCAGAAGAUCUGCACGUAUACCCACUGCUACUCAAUUAUAUAGAGCACAACUUAGAUAUUUUCAUGAUACUCCAAAUAAACAAAAUGUUACCGUCAAUAAUAUGAUGCCAGGGGUCACCAAACCAACCAACACUUUUACUACUCCACAAUUGGCUUCCACGGAAUAUUUAAAAGCAUUCAAUAACAGAGAAUUAAUUUCCUUUUUCAUGAUUGGUAUAGUCACAUUAAAUAAACCAAUUUUACAACUUUGCAUCAAAUUAUUCCCCUAUGUUCCAAUGUCUAUUAUUAAGGCACUUGUUUAUCGUAUCUAUUGUGGUGGUGAAACCAUUGACCAAGUAAAGCAAACGGGAUUGAGAUUGCACGAACGUGGUAUUGACAAUAUGAUGAUUUCUUUAACCAUUGAAGCGUGUGAUGGUAAUGACAAUGUUGAUCCAAAAUAUAUCGUUGAAGAAACUGCCAAGUCAAUUGAAAACAUUUUAGUUCCUCACACUGUGAAAAUGAUUGACCAAGCAGCAGAUAUUAAUGACAUCCCACCAGGUUAUGUUGCAUUAAAACCAACGGGGUUUGCUAAAGAUGCCGCCAAUGUAUUGAAAAACUACAACACUACCAUGAGCAAAGAGUUUGAUGAAUUGGUUGAUAAAGCCACUACUGUUUGCCAAACCGUUUAUGAUUCCAAUUUGAAAUUGGCUAAACAAUACCCAGAUAGAGUCUCACCAUUUGUUGUUGGUGUUAUUGACGCUGAGAAACAUGACUUACAAGAAGGUGUUUAUGAAUUACAAAGAAGAUUAUACAAAAAAUUCAAUAAAUUGAACCAACCAGUGUCUAUUGUUGGUACUUUGCAAAUGUAUCUUUCUGAAUCUGCCAGUUUAUUAACCAAGGAAGAAAAAUUGGCUAAUGAAAACAAGUAUCGUUUAGGAUUGAAAUUGGUUCGUGGUGCCUACAUUCAUUCGGAAAAGAAUCGUGAUGUUGUUAUUCACAAAACCAAACAAGAUACUGAUAACAAUUAUAAUUCGGGUAUUUCAUACUGUAUUGAUUCUAUUAUGAAUCAAAGUGGCAAUGAAUCUACUAUUGGUCAUUUAGUUGUUGCUUCUCAUAAUGCUGAAUCCAUGAGAUUAGCCAGUGGCAAAGUUUACAACCCAGUUAAUGAAUCCAACAAAAACAAAACUAAUGUUGUUUUGGGUCAAUUGUUAGGUAUGGCUGAUAAUGUCACUUAUGAUUUGAUUACUAACAAUAAAAUUGGUAAUGUUAUCAAAUACGUUCCAUGGGGACCACCAUUGGAAACCAAAGAAUAUUUAUUAAGAAGAUUAGAAGAAAAUGGUGAUGCUGUUAAAAACGAUAAUGGUUGGCCAUUAGUUAAAGCUUCAUUCAAGAUGUUGACCAAAAGAGUAUUUGGAAGUGCUUAA